AUGAGCGAGGCGGGGGACGGCGCUGAGCUGAGCGAGUACGAACACGUGAACAAGAAGUCGCGUAGCGAAGUAAGUCAGGAGGAUGAGACGCACGGUAAGGAGCCGCCCCAGGUCGAGAUCAUCGGGACGGCGCAGCUGAAGGCUCAGGAGGUGCUGAAGAGACGGGAGGCGCUACUCGAAGACUCGACGAUGAAGUUGCAGAGGAUCUACGAAGUAUGUAUGACGCAACUCAACGAGAUGGCCGGACAACGUUCUGCUGAGUGCGAAGCUCUCCUGAACAGCCUGCACAGUGUGUACGUCGAGAACUACGAGCUUGCAAAUCACCUAGACUUCAUUCGGCGCAGCACUCUGGCACUCUUCAGCGUCAUCAGCCAGGAGUCUUCCGACGGAUCAAUCGCCUAG